GCCGACAACGACGACAAGAACGAGAAGAAGAAGAAGCUGACAGUCGAGAACGAGGUGAGAUGGAGAGCGUGCGAGUCUAUCUGUUCCUGUAUGUGUGUCUGUCCCUAUUGACGGUCCUCUGCCGGGGUCAAAGGUUGACCACCGACACGCAGAUUCCGGCCGUGCCCGACGAGGACAAACUCUUACGACUUGCAAACAACGACCUGGCGGAGUUGCUGCAGGGCUUCCUGGACGAGGCAGAAAGCCAAGCGGGUCUGUCGGUGGAGAAGAAGGCUAGCGUCAUCCCCAGGUGUGACGUCGGCGAACGCUGCGCCAUGAAACACGGCCCUCGAAUCGGCCGGCUGUGCGACUGCCUGCGAGGGACGGCGUGCAACACUUUCUUCCUGCGCUGCUACUGAACGCGCUGCGCCUGCGCCUGCGCCUGUGGGGACGCCUCACCACUUUCACGAUCACAACGCUUUACUACGUUUGACUACAUUUUGCAACACUUGCCGACACGACAACGCUUAACAACAAUUUACAGCAAUUUACAUGUUGCAUGUUAAAAUACUGGAUGUUUGUCGUGGAUAAGCGGUAAAGAAAAUGGAUGGAUGCAUGUUACUACAUUUUGCAACAUUUUACAACACUUAAUGACACUUUACAACACUUAACGAAACCUUACAACACUUAACAUUUACAAAACUUAGCAGCGCUGUACAGCAAUUUACGUUACAUUUUACAAUACGUUACUACAUUUUGCAACACUUUACAGCAUUUUACAACACUUACAAAAACUUGACAGCACUGUACAACAUUUUACAACAUGUUAUAAUACAACAUGUUACUACACUUAACAUUUUACAGUGCUUUACAGCACUUAACAUUUGACGACACUUUACUUCACCUUACUACACUUUACAACACCCAACAACACUUUACAACACGUUACAGUCCAUCUGAUUACAUUUUAAAACACUUUUCAACACCUAACCACAUUUUACAAUGCUUAACAGUUUACAACACUUUACUAUAGUUUAUAACACUUUGAAGCACAACAUAUGACAACGUGUUCAAACACUUUACAAUUCAACAUUUUACAACUCGUCCUAAUUGACUUUAAAACAUUUUACAACACUUUACAUCACCUCACAAAUCCCGUCUUCUCUUGUCCAACUAGCAGGCUAACGGCUGAUACUGAUAAAAAGCUCUCACUGCGAGCCUAAGCAACAAAGUAGAACAAUAAAAAUCUGGUUUAAAAAAAAAAAAAAGGGAAUUAUUGUGUUCUGACGUGAAAGCGUUGUGUCGUGAGGUCCUCACGGGUGUCACACAGCUGCAGCACCCAUCGGUGGCGCCUCUCAGUCAUCGCUGUCCUUCUCACUGUCAUGUUUCAACUGUCACCUUGACUUUGUUAAAUAAACGUUCUAAAGCUG